CGCUGCGUAAAAUUAUGAUUUUCGUAACAUAGCUUCUAACAGAUCGACAGAAAAAGCUUUUCUAAAUCAGUGUAAUUUGAGUUGCGUUCGGAAACACAGAGAAAAUGGAAAAAAUUAGAUUUUUUCUAACGCUUGUUCUUGCGUCUAAUAUUCUUGUUGUAAACUUUAAAGUAAUUCAGGCACAAACUGUUAACCCGUCUCUUCAAAUAUGUCCGGAUGGGUACACCUUUUACACGGAUGGCUUAUGCUAUCCUAACGAAUAUAAACCAUUGCCGCCAAAUAACACUAACCAAAUGCAAACGUUUCCAACGGAAACGUCAAGCUCUAACAUAUGUCCACAAGGUUAUAUACUUUACACGGACAACUUAUGCUAUCCAAUCGAAAACAAGCCAUGCCCGUUUGAUAGUAAAAACACAACAGAAAUGCCUGCAACAACAACACUUCCGACAACUACAACAACAACAGAAUCUAUGACAACAACUAGAACGCCUAUACCAGCUGAAAUAAUCAAAACCCGCUGUCCAACGGGUUCAAUUAUGUUAAAAAAUAAAUGUCGUAAACUCCUAUGUUCUAUGGGAGAACUCUAUAAUGGCAAUUGUCUGAAACCAGUGUGUCCAACAGGUUUAAUAUGGCGUGAUAAAAAAUGCCAAGAACCCGGCUAUAUAACAACAAUAAUAGAAAUUAAUAAUGAAAUUAUUAAUGAACAGAAUGAAAAACCUAUAACCCUAAAAAGAAGCCAAACAAAUGAAGUAAUUUAUCAUACAACCACAACAACUAGAAAACCUUUAACUACACUAAGAUCAAUAAUGGGAUCGACUACCGAAAGCCCUAAUAAAUCGAACGUGUCCUCAACUAAUAAUAAUGCUAAUCAUUCGUGUUGUAAAGUCUUUACACCAAGAAUUUGUAAAUUAUAUGACAAAAAAUGGGUUUGUUUUAAUCGUAAAUAUGACAUUUGUGAUAAACGUAUUUGCACAAAACCUGUGGUUUAUUUGAAAGCACCCGAAAUUCUUUACCAACAUCCAGUUCUGAUAAUGCCGCCUAAUCCUCAAUUUAAUAUGUAUAAUGAAACCAGAGAUUUCGAUAAUAAUUUAUAUGUUGAUUGUUCCGGCUGUGCUGCACGUCAUUCGGAGACUUGUUCACCCUAUUGCUAUAGACACAUUUGUCCAAAUAAUUCUUGUAGAUAUAUGGAUUUAAGUGAAUAUUGCAAUUAUUAUCCUAGACAAAAUGGUUGCCAACCCACAGAUGGUUGUCUAUGGAAUUGGUGUUAAGUUUAUAAAUUAACAAAUUCUUAAAAGGAAAUUUCUGUAAUUAGAUUAAAAUAAAAAACAGUUUUGAAUAAUGAUAAAAGAACAACUUUUAAAUUUGUGUUUAUUUUGGAAGUAUUUUAUUUAUUUUGUUUAACUAUAUUUUUUUCACAUGGUUUUUGUUUGUCUUCUUUGU